AUGUAUUGUGGUGGUGGUGUCCAGUGGAGUGUCCAUAAGGGUAAAUGUAGUAUUUGUGGUGAAGCCUAUGAUAAACAACCAAAACUAUUUGAAAAAGGUGGUCAAUAUUAUCUGGGUAAGAUUCUCCAUAAGUAUGAUCAAGGUCAGGAAAUAACUGUUAAUGUCAUUCUUAGUGCCAAUCAUAAAGGCUUUUUUGAAUUUCGUCUUUGUCCGAUCGAUGGAUGGGCAGGAGAUGCAACACAAGACUGUUUAGAUCAACAUUUAUUAACAAUCGUCAAUACAAAUGGGCAGACACGUUUCACAGAUGUUGAAAGAUAUGGUACGAAUAAGGUCAUACCUGUUCUUAUUCAACUACCGCCUGGCGUACAAUGUCAGCAUUGUGUAUUUCAAUGGAAAUAUACAACUGGCAAUACAUGGGGUACAAACCCAUUGACUGGGCAAUCAUGUACUGGAUGUGCAAUUGAAAAUGAAACAUUCAUGGGUUGUGCCGACAUAAGUAUCGCAGCUAAAGGUCAAGUGCACACUGUUGUUUCUACCGUACCUCCUCUUCAAACAACUCAGACAACAUCCACAACCACAUUACCUGUAACAACAACAAAGCCGAGUGUUACGACAACAACAACAAGAACAAACCCGGGUAUUACAACAUGGAAACCAUUUUAUGAUUAUCAAAAAUUCGAUGCUGUUACAUACAAUGGUCUUAAAUACAUAUGUAUAACAGCUCAUUAUUCAUUAGGUGAUUGGGAACCACCAAAUACGCCUGCCCUUUGGCAAUUAAUUUAA